AUACUGUAGAAAGUCCUGUAUAUGGUUACUUACUUCACAAUGACGAGCAAAGACUUGAAAUUUCGGAAAUGAAUCCAGAUAUGUCUGUAAGGGAGCUUUCCAUAACGCUCGCUAAUAAUUGGAGAAGUUUGUCUGAAGAAAAGAAAAAUGAAUAUUCCGAGAAGGCUAAAGAAUUGAAUUGGAAGCGACUCAGCGAGUGCGAAAAAGGCGUGCAACUUGAACAUGUAAGGGAUUUGGUUGUGAAAUUGAAAGAGACGCGUUAUCCAUCCAAAAAAUCAAGACAACUCUUAUAUUAUAAAAGGAGCGAAGAAAGUGAUGAGGACGUGUCAGAUUUAAACAUUUAUACGCAAGAAUCAUAUCAAUAUGAUUCAAAUGCCAAUUCAUCAUCUACAGUGUCAGUCGAUUCAUUAGAACAACCAUCAACCGCAUUUGCACAUUAUGUAAUUGAUGGUUCACCAAGUUUGUUGCGAGUGUAUCCUAACAUGAAUUUCGAAGGUGUUAAACAAGUGUUACAUGAUAAUUGGAAUAAUAUGUCACCGGACCAUCGAGCUCCUUGGGUAACGAUGGCUGAACAAAGUUGUGAGGGUUAUGAAAAUCAUGUUUCAAAUACUGAUAGUAAUGACUCAUCCGACAACGAUUUUGAUGACUUGUUUAAUAAUACUGAAGAAGGAUCCGAAGUUGAUGAAUCCAACCAAAGUUAUAUUCAAGAAUUAAUUCAUACAUAUAAUAAUCACAAAAAAUCACAUCAUGAAACAGUUCAAGUUCCUACAUAUUCCCACUGUGAACCUUGGUUACAACCAUCUAAAAUGAUUGAAAAUAGUGUUGAAAAUGGGGAAUUAGUUACAAUACCCCCAAUUUAUACGACACGUCAAAGUGAAGUUGUGACUAAAAAGGACCUUACUGUCGUGGACAAUCAAUUGGACGUACAAUCUUCAUAUCAAAAAAACAUUUCAGCUAACACUCGCAUUCUUUCAUUCACUCAAGAAAACAUGCAAACUGGUCAAACGUUUAUUUCUAAACCUUCAGUAAAAUGCGAUAAACCCCUUGAAAUACAAUUCUUUGUCAAACCUUUCGACAAAGAAAACGUAGCAUCGCCUGGUGAAAAUAAAAGGGCUCCAUUUUAUUUUACAUCAACGAUACCAUUUCAUCCACGUAAUAUGAACCGUUCCAAUGAAGAGAAUGAUCAUAAACCUCGUGACGUACAACAAUUUCAACAAGAUCGACGAUACGGACUCAAAGUGCCAGUACCAUGCAUAGGUGCAUGCGAUCAUUAUCAAAGAACAGUCAAAUUUGAUAGUAAUUAUAGAUAUGGCCUACAAUCUCGACAAACAGAAAUAAACAAAAGCAUUAAUAAUAAAUGGAAACAAAUGGUACUCUCUGAAAGGAAAAUGUGGGAAGAUAUAGCAAAAGUAGACAAAGAAAGAUAUGAAAAGGAAAGGGAGAAUUAUUUAACUUCUCAAUACGAGUGUUUUCUUAAAUCUCAAGAAGGAAUUCCUUUGUAUGAUUGGUUCAAAGCUUAA